UCUGUGGUACUAGUAACUUGUACUGGUAACAUCUUGCAAAUCGAUAACACAAUAAAUAAUAUUAGACAAAGUGAAUUUUAUUAAAAAUAUCAUGGGUUCGGAACAGUCUAUGCCUCCAAAGAAACAGCCCCAACGUGCUCCUCCGGUCCGAAGAGGUCACACAAUAGCCACUUCUAAUUUCACAGAAGCAAGGAGAGGAAAUGAGGCGACAGCUAGUGGUAAUAACUCUCCGGGUGCAAGUAUGUGUUCAGACUCUGAGCUACCAUACAUAUCAUACACUGUGGACAGACCCAUUGGAGAUUCACCAAAAAACUCUGGUAAAUCUCAGAGAACUGUGGACAGUAAGAAAUCACUUCUGCAGAGGAGACAGCUAAGUCUUCAAGCUAGGAAAAACAAGAGGGCCAGGGAUAUUGUAGUUGUUAAACCAGCAACUGAUACUCAAUUAGAUGAGGAUAUUAGGAGGCUACAGGAAAUACCAACAUUUUUACCAAUAAUGAGAGGUACACUUGGUUUGCCGGGUGCAAGAGAUCCUGAGGUUUUGGAAGGUCUUGACUGCAGACCUUGGGUCCGCCUGGCGACAAGGAUUCAAGCACAUUUAGCCGCCUGCGCUCACCCCCUAGCUGCCGAGGAGAGUAGUCUUGCAAAUAAAGUUAAAGAGGCGGACACAGAAAUCACCCGUCUCUAUUCAAUCGCGGUAGAGAAACAGAGAAACAACGCGCGAAACGCGGAGAGAUUGUCCCGAGUGAGAGAAGUGGCUCACCAGCUGUCCAGAUGUAAUUCCUUGCUGAAUCAGAACCUUCAAGAUAUAGAAGAGUUGAACCAACUGUUACCAGAAAACAAGCGUUUAGAACCGUUCGUAUGGAGUGAACAAAAAGGCUCAUAGAAAUGUCACAAUAAUUCUCUUAGACAAUUAUAGAUAAAAAAAAAAUAUUAUUAAAUGAAAUGUAUUUACUCAUUAAGCUUAUAAUAGUAUUCAAUUAUUAUGUAUAUAAGAUGUAGUUUUAAGUGCGGCUUGAGACAAGCGAUAUCAAAAUUAUCUUUCGAUACAUUCUUACCGAAUACAGGAUCCGUAAAUCUGUUAGUGCGCUCUGAAUACGAAGUGAAUGGCGUAAAAUAUAAAUAUAUGUCGUUAUGG